UUCUGACACCCCCUGGGAGUCUGGGAGUUCACCGCGACACCUGGGAGCUGGCCUCCCCCCCCGGGAUAAUGACGUUAGUUCAAGCUUGCGCUGGGGCUGUGCUCACUUAAGAAACGGGGUCUGCGGGGGUCAAAGCGGGUCACUGGAAAGCUCAGCCCGCACGGAGGCGAGGUGACAGCGGGCUGGGACACCUGAUGCUUCCGAAAGGCGCAAGGCACCGCUGCUCUGGAGAGGGUGGGGCGCUAAGCGAAGCUGCGCUUUCACGCUGGUACCCAGGCUGAAGUAUUUUGAACUCGCUAUUGGAGGCGGGUCUCAGCAGUUAGUUUCCUCAGUGUUUUUUUUUUUUUGCUCUUCGCUAAGAGAUGCGGGGUGGGUCUUUCUCAGGCUCCGACUAAAAAAAAAAAAAACACACGAACGGGGGAGAGAUCCACAAAGUCGAGACUUUGCUGGCGAGGGAGGAGAAGCACCGGCGUUGAGCGUCUGCGGGGAAAUUUCAGGCGAGGCUUGCCCGAGAGCUGCGCCCGGCUUCAGGGGACACCGGGGGACCUCUCCUCUCGCUGAGCCCACACAGCCGAAACACCGCUCACUUAGAAGGAGAGAGAGAGAGAAAGAUUCCCACUCGGCAACACAGACAGCAGAACCGAGGAGAUCCAGCACCCAGGCGCCGUGUCGUGACGCGACGCCAGAAGAGAAGUACCCUCAUUUCCAAAAGAAAUCAUGAAGGAAUUUACAGCCGUGUCCCAGAAUCUCCCAGCGGUUCUGCUGGCGGUUCUCCACCUUCUCUGGGCGGACGCGUCCAAAGUGAAUGUGCCCCGACUGCGCCUGUCUUACAAGGAUCUCCUGGCCUCCAACCGGUCCUCAGUGUUCAGCGGUAACCGCGGCUCCCUCAGCCUGAGCACCGUUUUCCUGGACGAGUACCAUGACCGGCUCUUCCUGGGUGGACGAGACGUCCUGUACUCCCUCAGCCUGGACCCUGCCAACCUGGAUGCUAAAGAGAUCCACUGGCCCCCACUUCCAGGAAACAGGGAGGACUGUGAGCAGAUGGGCAAGGAUCCGCAGAGCGAGUGCGCCAACUACGUCCGGGUGCUGCACCCCUACAACCGCACCCACCUCCUGGCCUGCGGCACCGGCGCGUUCCAGCCAAUGUGCGCCUUCGUCUACGUGGGUCACCGGGGAGAGCAUGUCUUCUCGAUGGAUCCGACCAACGUGGAGAAUGGGCGGGGGAAGUGCCCUCAUGAUCCCAGCCACCCCUUCGCCAGCACCUUCAUUGGCGGUGAGCUCUACACGGGCCUGACCGCUGACUUCCUGGGCCACGACGCCGUCAUCCUCCGCAGCCUGGGCGGCCGCUCCACCAUGAGGACCGAGACGGACCAGCGCCUCCUGCGCGACCCUAAGUUCGUGGCGGCUCACCUCAUCCCCGACAACGACGACCGUGACAACGACAAGGUCUACUUCUUCUUCACCGAGAGGGCCAUGGAGUCCGGGGGCGGCGCGGGGGCCAUCUACAGCCGCGUGGGGCGCGUCUGCGCGAACGACGCGGGGGGCCAGCGCGUGCUGGUGAACAAGUGGAGCACCUUCAUCAAGGCCCGGCUGGUGUGCUCAGUGCCCGGACCGCACGGCAUCGACACCCACUUCGACCAGCUGGAGGAUGUGUUUUUGCUGAGGACCAAGGAUGAGAAGAACCCUGAUGUUUAUGCCAUCUUCAGCACAAUCAGCAACGUGUUUCAGGGCUUCGCCGUGUGCCUGUACCGCAUGGCCGACAUCCGGGAGGCCUUUAACGGGCCCUUCGCCCACAAGGAGGGGCCGGAUUACCAGUGGGGCACCUACGAGGGCCGUGUCCCCUACCCCCGCCCCGGCUCGUGCCCGAGCAAGAUCACCAACCAGCCGGGCAAGCAGUUUGGCAGCACCAAGGAGUUCCCGGACGCAGUGCUGCAGUUCGCCCGCGGCCACCCGCUCAUGGCCCAGGCGGUGCUGCCCGUGCUGCGCCAGCCCCUGCUCGUCAAGGCCCACCUGGGCUACCGGCUGCGGCAGAUCGUGGUGGACCGCGUGGAGGCCGAGGACGGCCAGUACGACGUCAUGUUCAUCGGCACCGACGUGGGCACGGUGCUCAAGGUGAUUGCCCUGCGCAGUGGGAACUCCCUGGACACCGAAGAGGUGACUCUGGAGGAGCUGCAGGUCUUCAAGGUGCCGACGCCCAUCACGUCCCUGGAGAUCUCUGUGAAGCGGCAAACCCUGUACGUGGGAUCCCCGCGGGGCGUGGCACAGGUGCGGCUGCACCGCUGCGAGACCUACGGCCAGGCCUGCGCCGAGUGCUGCCUGGCGCGGGACCCCUACUGCGCCUGGGACGGCACCUCCUGCACCCGCUACACCCCCCACGGCAAGCGGCGCUACCGGCGGCAGGACAUCCGCCACGGCAACCCUGUGCUGCAGUGUGUGGACCAGAGCACCAGCGCCGAAGACCUGGACGCCGGGGAGGAGAGGGUGGUGUACGGGACGGAGAACAACAGCACCUUCCUGGAGUGCGUCCCGAGAUCGCCCCAGGCCAGCGUGGCCUGGCUGGUCCAGAGGGAGGAGCGCAGGGAAGAGGUGAAGACGGACGACAGGGUGAUCCGCACGGAGCAGGGCCUGCUCUUCCGGCGCCUGCACCGGCAGGACGAGGGGGUGUACGUGUGCCAGGCGCGGGAGCUCGGCUUCGCCCGCACGCUGGCGCGGGUCUCCCUGGAGGUGCUGCGCGGGGAGACGCUGGGCGAGCUCAUCGCCCGCGAGGAGGGCGGGGAGUGGGCGGGCUCCCGGGGGGGCCUGCCCCCCUGCCCCUCCCACCGGGGGGGCCCGGCCCACGCCCGCUCCUGGUUCAAGGACCUGAUGCAGCUGCUCGGGCCCUCCAGCCUGCCCCACGUGGAGGAGUACUGCGAGCGCAUGUGGUGCAGCGACAAGCUGCGGCGCAAGCACAAGGCCAUGCUGGGCAAGUACCGGCUGGCCCAGGAGAGCGCCCGCAAGGGCCGGGGCAAGGGCGCGGGGGAGAGGAGCCGGACGCCCCGGGCCGCCCCCGGGGACGUGUGAGCUGGGCGGGGCGGGGGGGGCCGGGGGGACAGAGGGGGACGAGCCUGCGCAGAAGAACGAGACACACCGGGACCCCCCGGACCGGAGGCUGCAGGGAGGG